CACUCACUCGUUCACUCGAGCCCCUUGCUGCACGCUCUCGCUCCCCACGACCCACGACAAACUAGCCCUCGACUGCCACCAUGGUCCGCGCUCCCUCGGCAACUCGCUCUCCUCCGUUCCACUCGGCCAUCAUGGAGAACCCUCCCCUAGUUGGCAUCAUCGGCGGCUCUGGCCUGUACAAGCUCGACAACCUGCACAUCGAGCGCACCGUCAACCCCAUCACUCCUUGGGGCCCGCCUUCCUCGCCCAUCUCGAUUGCCUCGCUCGACACGCCCAAAGGCCCGAUCAAGCUCGCGUUCCUCGCGCGCCACGGCCCGCACCACAACAUCCCGCCCUCGGCCGUCCCCGCCCGCGCCAACAUUGCCGCGCUCAAGCACCUCGGCGUCAAGGCCAUCGUCGGCUUCUCGGCUGUCGGCUCUCUGCGCGAGGAGAUCCGCCCGGGCGACAUCAUCAUCCCCGACCAGAUCAUCGACCGCACCAAGGGUAUCCGUCCUUCGACCUAUUUUGACACGACCAUGGUCGGCCACGCCAUGUUCGGCGAGCCGUUCGACGUCGAGCUGCGCGAGUUCAUCGUCCCGCUCGUCAAGGAGGCGAUCAACACGUUCCCGGACCACAUCAACCCGUCGGACGAGCCGCGCCUGCACGACAAGAAGACGCUCGUCGUCAUGGAGGGCCCCCAGUUCUCGACUCGCGCCGAGAGCAACAUGUACCGCCAGUGGGGCGGCGACAUCAUCAACAUGAGCGCCGUGCCCGAGUCCAAGCUGGCUCGUGAGGCCGAGCUUGCGUACGCCCUUGUGUGCACGUCGACCGACUACGACGCGUGGAGGACCGACGCCGCGCCCGUCACGGUCGAGGAGGUGCUCAAGACGCUCAAGACGAACGCUUCGCUGUCGAAGCACAUCACUGCGUCGAUCCUCGCCGCCGUGCACGAGGCGGUCGAGUCGAAGCAGGUCGCGACCCAGGCCGAGGGCGCCAUGAAGUUCUCGCUCAUGACGCCGCACUCGGAGGUGUCGGCCGAGGAGCUGUGGCGCCUCAAGUACAUCCUUCCGGCCUACUUCGAGGACGCGACCGACCCGGCGCUCAAGCGGCGUGCCGUGUCCAAGGCGAGGAGCAUUCGCGACUCGGACGAGGUCCAGGGCACGCACGGUAUCCCCGAGGAGGUCGAGCGCGGUCGCAGCAGGGCAUGAGCGUCGUUGGCGGUCCUUCGAGCCCGUGCAUGUUUUUAGUUUCGUCGUGCGUGGACAUUGCAACUCUUUCACAGGCUCCCUUGUC